AUGCCGAUCCCCAACCUCACCCCUCUUUCCAGCCGCACCGUGAAGCCGACCGUCAUCUUCACCACGCCACCGAACUACGCUGCCAGACUCUCCAACCUCCUCAUUCUGAAAGGCCACACUCCUCUCUGGUGCCCGACCAUCACCACUCAUCCAACUCCCCACUCUCUCUCCACCCACCUUUCCCCACACUUCCUCUCUCUCCUAUCCGCUAUCACCUUCCCUUCUCGCGCCUCUAUCACCUCCUUUUCCCUUGCCGCCCUCUCUCUCCCUAAACCCCUUCUCCCCUCUCAUGGCCCCACAUUCAUUCUCGCUGCCUUAGGCAAAGAUUCAGAGUUAAUCAACACCCCUUUUAUCUCUCAAAUUUGUUCCAAUUUACAACGGAUUAAAGUUUUGGUCCCUCCAAUCGCUACUCCCAACAGCUUAGCCUUGUCUCUCAGGAAAGGAUAUGGUCGGAGAGUGUUGUGUCCGGUUCCGAAAGUUGUCGGACUAAACGAGCCGCCAGUUGUUCCCGAUUUCCUCAAGGAUUUGGAGAGUGGUGGGUGGGUCCCGAUUCGUGUUGACGCGUACGAGACGAGGUGGGUGGGGCCAAGUUGUGCGGAGGAAGUGGUUAGGAAGGGGGAGGAGCACGAGGAGGAAGUGAACGCCGUUGUUUUCACGAGUAGUGGGGAAGUGGAGGGGUUUUUGAAGAGUUUAAGGGAGUUUGGAUGGGAUUGGGGGAUGGUCAGAAGGAGGUGGCCGCGGUUAGUGGUUGCGGCUCAUGGCCCGGUCACCGCGGCGGGGGCGAAGAGGUUGGGAGUGGAUGUUGACGUCGUGGGUUCCAAUUUUGAUAGUUUUCAGGGUGUCGUUGACGCGCUCGAUGUCUGUUUGAAGGCUUGGGGACAGGAACAGGAUUGCAUGUAA